CGCCGGAGCCGCGAGCGGCGGCGGCGGCGGCCGCCGGCCACCUCGGAUCCUCACCUAUCCUUCCCGGUGUCUUCCUCCUCCAGUGCGACCGACCUAGUCGCAUUACCAGCUCUCCGGCCUACGUGGCCUCGCCUCCGCCUCCGCUUCCGCCGCCCCGACGUGUCCGCUUCCCGUCCGCUCUUCCACGCGUAGAAUUCCUCCCGCUACUAGUAUUUUUGCACUGCUCCGCCCCGAAUUCCCGGUUUCCCUUUGCUUCUCCCAGUGAGUUGGUAGUUCGAUACCGGCGACGGCGACCGCAGCGGCGCAUCCAUGGCGGCGGCAGGAUCCAUAGGCGUGUACAAGGUGGUGUUCGCGGCGCUGGGCGUGCUCAUGGUGGGCACCCUGGUGUACACCACCGUCACCGAUGGCUCGCCGUUUCGCCCCGAACUGCUCACCCCGUGGAUGGUGGCAACACUGAUUGAUUUUUAUGUGAAUGUGAUUGCAAUUUUGACUUGGGUUGUCUACAAGGAAGUAAACUGGAUUAAUUCUAUCUUCUGGGUAGUUCUGUUGUUCUGUUUUGGCGGUUCUGCUACAUGUGCUUAUCUUGUUGUGAAGCUUUCUGAAAUAAAACCUUCAGGACCUUUUCAGGAUCCACUUGAUCUUUUAUUCCUCAGGCAAGGAAAUCUCUCCCAAAGAAAGUCCUCUUUUGUCAUAACUGGGAGGAUUAUUUUCAGCAUUUUGGGGGCUAUGAUGGCUGCAAUUGUCAUAUAUACUGUCAUCACUGAUGGGCUACCUUUUAGGAAGGAAUUGUUGACGCCGUGGAUGGCGGCAACCUUACUUGACUUCUAUAUAAAUGUCUUCGCAAUAUCGGUAUGGGUUGCUCACAAGGAGUCAAACUGGAUAUCAACUGCCAUUUGGAUAUGCUUGCUAAUAUGCUUCGGAAGCAUCACGACGUGUGGCUACAUUGUCGUCCAACUUUUCCAAGUAUCAUACCAAGAUCCUAUCUAUCAUGUGUUAUUGAACCUUCAUAACAAGAGCCUAAACACAGAGCAGGGAAGACCUCCAAGCAUUAUACCCUCUAUCUCUGUCAAAGCAUGAAGAAUAUGUAUGCAAUCUUUUGGCAAUUCUUUUGCACACAGAACUCCAAUAUGAAGAGAAGGCUCAUCAUUCUCAUUUGGUUAUCUCUGUUGGAGCUGGAAAAAGAAUCCUUGCUACGGUCAAAACUCGAAUACAUAACAGCUUUGAAAUCGAGACCCUUGAAGCCAAUGCUUGGUCACACUGUCAAGAUUCUUACAAGGUUUCAGUGUCUAAUACUCGUAAAUGUAGCCAUGUAGGAAAGCUUUUAGAAGGCUCUUGUUGCUGUUUAGGUUGAAUAGCUCAUAUGGCAUCUUGGCAAGGUUACCGGAAGCAAGACAAUAUACGGAGUACGUCCCAGUAUGGGCCUUUAAAUUUGAGCCCAAACUGAGAAAU